UUUACCCUAAUUCUUUUAAGGCGGCGCUGGAUUUAAGUAGCUGUGAACGGCGAGCACGGUAGAGAAGCUUCUCGAUCAUGGAGGAGUCGGAAGAAACACGCCGACACGAUGAUGUCUGCUGAUAGGAGAGAAGAAGAAGAGUCGAGUUCAGUCGGCCAUGAAUCCUCCAUCUUUUCUUGGAGCACCAUCCUCAUUCUCGACCUUUCCGCCUUCUUUCCCUAACCCUAACCCUAAUCUUGUCUAUCCUCAUUUCGGCAACCAGAUCCAAGCCUCCUCCACCGCCGCGACCACUUCAUUGGCGCCACCUCCGCUUGAUCUCCCCACGGCUCUCUCGACACUCAAGCACCUCGUUCGCCUCUCGGAAUCCACACUCCACUCUCUCUCCACUCUCCUCCCUCCGACUUCCGCCACUGCCGCCGCUACUUGCCCUUUCAACCCCCACCAUCGCGUUUCUCCGGAGUCCCUCUUCCGGCACUCUCUCCACUGCCCUUCUGCCCCUACCCUAGACCUCGACCUCUACCUUUCUUCGUUGCGUUAUCCCAACACGCUCCGAUCCUCCGACGAUGCAACUAAGCACAACCGUUUCGUUCAAGCCCUCCAUGAUCGCAAUUCCGAGUACUGUUUCUCACUAGACGAGUACUGCGAUUUCGGCCCCAAUUUUUUCUACCGGGAUUGCCCAGGCAUUGUUACAUCCCCAAAUCAAGACGGUACAAGCCGAACCUUCACGAUGCCGGGCAUUUUAUCUAUUGAAUGUGCGAAUUUUAUGCCCAGCGGUAAUGGCGAGAUCAAGGGUUUUCCGGCGAAGCAUAUUGGGCUUCUUCCUUCGGAAUUGUGGGUCGUCUGGAAUGAAAUCGCGGCAUGGAAUGAUUAUCCAACCAACUAUUCGUAUAGCGUUCUUAGAGCUGUUUUAUGUUCUCGUAUCGUGCAAGAGUAUGAUUUCCUGACGUGGGUAAUUGGGAAUUCGCCUGAGUAUGGCGUUGUGAUUGACGUGGCGUUGAGAGAUCACGUGGUUUUACUCUUUCGGCUUUGCAUGAAAGCAAUUGUUAACGAAGCCGUUGCUUUGGUGGAGUCCGUGAAGGAGUUAAAUGUGCCAGCUAUAAGUUUUAAGUGUCCUGUUCUAGUCCAAGUGCUGAUGUGGUUGUCCUUUCAGUUAUCUGUAUUAUAUGGGGAGUUGAAUGCGAAGCUUUUUGCUAUUAACAUGCUAAAGCAAUGGAUAUUAAAUGCUUCAUCGAAUUCUUCAUUGUAUCCGAUGGGACAAAAUGUCCCCGAAAUACCAGCUCUAAAGGAUGCAGACGGUAGAACUAUAGAAUUUUCUGAAACAAUUGUGGAUGAUAAAGAAAAUAGUUUGGUGGACGAGUCUAAUAGUAGCAUAGAGAUUUGUGUCUCCCAGGUAGCAGCAGCAGUGGCUGCAUUGCAUGAACGGUCCUUGCUCGAACAGAAAGUCAAGGCACUGCGGGAUGACCACUUGCUUACUGGGUAUCAGAGGAUAGUUGAGCAUGCAUAUCUGUCAACACGAGCUGAUGAGGAGAGGCAAAAACGCCCUAACUAUAGACCUUUACUAGAACAUGAUGGGCUUCUUUGGCAGAGGCCGCAGGACCAGGAUACAAAUAAAACAAAGACACGAGAGGAGUUAUUAGCCGAGGAAAGGGAUUACAAACGUCGAAGAAUGUCAUAUCGUGGCAAGAAGGUGAAGCGAACUACAACACAGGUUAUGAGGGAUAUAAUAGAUGAGUACAUGGAAAGCAUCACACAAGCAGGUACUAUUGGUUCCUUGUUAAAUGAUUCUGAGAAAGAAGGAAAGUUCCCAUGUGAACCUUCACUUGGUGACAUAUAUUCCAACGUGGAUGGGCUGAAGAAAAAUUUACUGGAUACCUCUGAAGAAAAACGGCCAUAUGGUUACAAGAAAGAAUUGUAUUCUAGUAACGAUAUCAUCUUUACACGAUUUGAGAGUGAGUCUCCUGAAAACAGCAAGCAACAUGGACGAGAUUCUGGUCGGCACCGGGAGCAUCUAGAAUCCCAGAGAUGCCUAGACAGGGAUAGCCAUUAUAGAGAGCAUUAUUCCAAAAGCUCAGACAGACAAAGUAGUCAUGGCCGUUCAAGUGAUCAUAAGCACAGAGAUGAUGUGGAGCUGUCCAGAAACAAUGUUUCCCGAAGUGCAGAUAAUAGCCAGCGUUGGUCACAUGAGCGGACUAAUUAUCAGAGAGAGCAAGGUGACAAUAGACAUAGUAGGUCACAUGAGCGAACUAGUCAUCGAAGGGAGCGAAAUGAUCUGAAGACAGAGACAAAAGAUAGACGACGGAAGCAUGCAUCCAGGGAUCUUAAAUCAGAAUCUGUUCCUGUUUAUGAGAUUGAUGACAGAUAUGAUCCUACUGAAUCUCAUGACAUGUAUGAGAAAGAUGGGCAUUGACACCUGAUUGGUUUGGAUUAGCGUAUGAAGUCUUGAGUGGUCUCUUCAUGUGUGCUGGCGGUGGGUAAAAGAGGCUAUAUAAGAGUACACUGGCUACUGGGCUUGGCCUGGGAGUGCGUUUACUCUUUGUUCUUCUAGUUUGUGGCCUGCAAUUGCUGUUGUAAUUUGUGGGUGCCUUCUCUGAAGUUGGAAUGUGUUCUGGUUAAGACUUUGAGGUAUAUUUUGUGGCAGGGACUGCUGCUAAGUAUUGUUGGUUUUGCUUCCGCUUUUGCUGCUCUUUCUGAUGGGUCAGCUGCCUAUUAAUGAACCCGUGCAUGAUUGGUUAUUGGGGAGAUGGGAUACUUGGAUGAUGUUUGAACAGCUUUUGUCCUUUUGGCUAUGUAAACAAGUCUCUUUGAGAUGGUGCUGGAUUUGUUGCAUCUGGCAAGGAGUCUGGCUGAUGCUGUUUUUCUGUUUCAUAUUAGGAGCCUGAUGUUGAUUGAUUCCACUACCUGAUUAAGGGCUGUCUGAUUUUGGUACCAGUUUUCAUUUUUAUAUUUUUGUGUUUAGCUUCCGUUCUUGACUAGGGCUUGAAUGUGACGUUAAGCUAAUGUAGGAUGAAAAGAGCAAAUUAAGGGCAUCAUGUUAUAUGGGCUCCGUUAACCUUAAAAAUGCCUCAAUAUUUACGGUUGAUAUUGUAUGAAUGAGUUUUUGAAGAAUGCAAAGAUGAUCAUGGACUCCACAA